GCGCCUCUCAUUUCUGUCACUGCUCGCGCACUGCGGCCGCGAGACUGGAAACCAGCACGGACGAGAGAGAGACACCUGAGGCGCUGAAGAGUCCACUUACACCCAACUAAAGCUCAGAAGCCGAAUAUCACAAUUUACCCAUCGAAUAGGAGAAUAUAACGCUUGAAGGGUUGAAAAUGAUGAAUCAGAUCGACCUUUCGGAUCCAUAUGAUAAUGGAUAUGAACCGGACGAUUACAUGAUGCCGGAGGAAGAAUGGGAUCGGGAUUUACUGUUGGAUCCAGCAUGGGAAAAACAGCAACGGAAGACGUUCACAGCCUGGUGCAACUCUCACCUGAGGAAAGCUGGGACACAGAUUGAGAACAUAGAGGAAGACUUCAGGAAUGGCCUCAAACUAAUGCUGCUGCUUGAAGUCAUCUCAGGUGAGAGGUUACCCAAGCCUGACAGAGGAAAGAUGCGUUUUCACAAGAUAGCCAAUGUCAACAAAGCCCUUGAUUUCAUCACCAGUAAAGGAGUGAAACUGGUCUCCAUUGGGGCUGAAGAAAUUGUAGAUGGGAAUGUGAAAAUGACUCUUGGAAUGAUCUGGACCAUCAUCCUUCGCUUCGCCAUUCAGGAUAUCUCUGUUGAACAAACUUCGGCCAAAGAAGGACUUCUGCUGUGGUGUCAGAGGAAGACUGCCCCUUACAGGAAUGUCAAUGUUCAAAACUUUCAUGUCAGCUGGAAGGAUGGAUUGGCGCUGUGCGCUCUCAUCCACAGGCACAGGCCUGACCUCAUUGACUACGCCAAACUCAACAAGGAUGAUCCACUGGGUAAUCUGAAUUUGGCAUUUGACAUUGCUGAAAAACAUCUGGACAUCCCCAAAAUGCUGGAUGCCGAGGACAUCCUGAACACCCCUAAGCCUGAUGAGAGAGCUAUUAUGACAUAUGUGUCCUGUUUCUACCAUGCCUUUGCUGGAGCUGAACAGGUAAUGUGUUUUGCAUGUGCUAGAUUUAGCAGAUUUAGUAAGUAUCCUUCCAUCCAUCUCUACCUUAGUUCUUACUGUGUCUCUCUCCCUCAGGCUGAAACCGCUGCUAACAGGAUCUGUAAGGUGCUGGGAGUGAAUCAGGAAAAUGAGAAGCUGAUGGAGGACUAUGAAAAACUGGCUAGUGAGCUGUUGGAGUGGAUCAGACGUACCAUUCCUUGGCUGGAGAACCGUGUGCCAGAGAAGACCAUGUCAGAGAUGCAGCGGAAGCUGGAGGAUUUCCGAGAUUACCGCAGGAAGCACAAACCUCCCAAAGUGCAGGAGAAGUGUCAACUGGAAAUCAGCUUCAACACCCUUCAGACUAAACUCCGCAUUAGCAACCGGCCUGCAUUUAUGCCCUCUGAGGGCAAGAUGGUUUCGGACAUAGCAAGUGCGUGGCAGGGGCUGGAACAGGCAGAGAAGGGCUAUGAGGAAUGGCUGCUGACGGAGAUCAGGAGACUGGAACGACUAGAUCAUUUAGCAGAGAAAUUCAGGCAGAAAGCUACCAACCAUGAGUCCUGGGCUGCAGGUAAGGAGGAGAUGUUGACCCGGAAGGACUACGAGUCAGCAUCUUUAAUGGAAGUCCGAGCUUUGCUGAGGAAACACGAGGCAUUUGAGAGUGACCUUUCGGCCCACCAGGACAGAGUUGAGCAGAUUGCUGCUAUUGCUCAGGAGCUCAAUGAGCUGGACUAUCAUGAUGUUGCUUCAGUGAAUCAAAGGUGUCAAAGUAUUUGUGACCUCUGGGACCACCUGGGUACACUCACUCAGAAACGCAGAGAGUCUUUGGAGAGGACAGAGAAACUUUUGGAGACUGUGGAGCAGCUGUUUCUGGAAUACGCAAAGAGAUCCGCUCCCUUUAAUAACUGGAUGGAGGGAGCCAUGGAAGACUUACAGGAUAUGUUCAUAGUGCACACCAUUGAAGAGGUCCAGACUCUGAUAGCUGCUCACGAGCAGUUUAAGGCCACACUUCCUGAGGCCGAUGCAGAAAGGCAGGCGAUCCUUGGCAUACAGCAGGAAGUCCUGAAGAUCUCCCAGAAUUACGGCAUUCGUGGAGACCUCACUAACCCCUACAGCACCAUAACUACAGAGGAGAUUGCCAUCAAGUGGGACAAGGUGAAGAAGCUGGUUCCCCAGCGUGACAGUGCUCUGCAGGAGGAGUUAGCGCAACAGCAUGCUAACGAAAGGCUCAGACGCCAGUUUGCUGCCCAAGCCAACCUCAUCGGACCCUGGAUACAGGCCAGGAUGGAGGAAAUUGGUCGUUGUUCAAUGGCGAUGGGCGGGACUUUGGAGGAUCAGAUGACCCAGCUGAAGCAAUGCGAGCAUGUGAUCAUCAGCUAUAAACCCAACAUAGACAGACUGGAGGGAGAUCACCAACUCAUCCAGGAGUCACUUAUCUUUGACAACAAACAUACUAACUACACUAUGGAGCAUAUUCGUGUUGGCUGGGAGCUCCUUUUGACUACAGUUGCUCGCACUAUUAAUGAAAUUGAGACUCAAAUUCUGACACGUGAUGCAAAGGGCAUCAGCCAGGAGCAGAUGAAUGAAUUCCGGUCCUCUUUCAACCACUUUGAUCGGAAGAAGAAUGGGGCCAUGGAUUCUGAUGACUUUAGGGCCUGUCUGAUCUCGAUGGGUUAUGAUCUGGGAGAAGUGGAGUUUGCUCGGAUCAUGAUGCUGGUUGAUCCAAAUACUUCAGGUGUCGUGUCAUUCCAGUCUUUCAUUGACUUCAUGACAAGAGAGACAGCGGACACAGACACAGCUGAACAGGUCAUUGCUUCCUUCAGGAUCCUCGCUGCCGACAAGCCAUAUAUUCUGGCAGAUGAGUUGAGGCGAGAGCUUCCUCCAGACCAGGCAGAGUACUGCAUCAGCAGGAUGCCCCCAUACUCCGGCCCCGGGGCCCUGCCUGGAGCCCUGGACUACACUGCCUUCUCCACUGCUCUCUAUGGAGAGAGUGACCUUUAACUCUCUCAACAGCUCUGACCUUUUCGACCAAGUCUCUCUCAUUAACCAAGAAAAUUCUUUACCCAUUAGUAGAUCAACAACCUCAAGAAAUAAAAAACAUGGCAAAUAAACAAUGAACACAAUUUCAGUUACAAUCUUAUUUGAUGUAUUUUGAUAAAUGAUUGAUAAAAAACGUUGAAGUCAAUAAACAUGGAAUGCAGUCUGGAAGUGAAAAGAAUGCAAUGAAGGAAGCAAAAAAAUAAAAUAAAAGUGGUAAUUUAUCUGUCGCACUCCAAAAACUUUUCUCAUAAAUUGUCGGAUCCAAAGGUAGUUACACUUAAAUUAAUAAUUAAGUAUGUUUAAGCAUUUUUUUGUAUUUUCCAGAACAAAAUCUAUUUUGUGUGGUAGUGUUAAACCUACAUUAUGUAAGAUUUGCACAUUUGAAAUAUGCCCAAAUUGAGAAACAUUCACAGAACCACUAUGCUUCUCUUUUUUUCUGUAGUGUACUAUAGUGUGGCCACAUGAACAGUAGCUCUAUUCUUAACAACAUAAUCGCCUAAAAACCUAACAGUGCCUGAUUACAUAUACAGUAACAGUUUAUAUAAAUUAGAAAGAGGUGAUCUUUGACCUUCUCAGUAGAGAGUUUGCUAGAUAAGAGCACAAGCGAGUGAUUUGACGUUUUAAAUAUUGGGAAUGCUUCAACAAUUUCUUCAAUUUGGGGAUUAUAUUAAGUGUUAACGUAGGUACGUCUACAGGGCUUGUCAAAUAAAGAAAGCAAAAAAGAGAAAGUAUGAUAAAAAUACUAAAUUUACAAUUGUGGUUUAAAGUAUGUGAACCCUUUGGAACAAUAUACAAACACAGCCUGCUUAACACACAAACAAUUGUUUUCUUGUCUGUAUUGAACAGCAUGUAAACCUUUCACAGUGAAGAGUGGAAAAGUAUGUGAAUCCCAGAGUAUCAAUCAAGCUUAUAUGAAUACAGCUAAUUCAUACAGGUCACUUUUAAUUCAUUGUACUAUGACAGUGCAGUUGGUUGAUUUUUGGUCAAUUUGGUAACCUGUCAAAUCAGUUUUAAUGUGAAAGUGAUUUGUGAAUGUCUGCUGUUGAAUUCUAUGAACAAGAAAGCCAAAUGUGUGUUUUACAGUGACAUAAAUGAAAUAAACCUUACUUAUGAAAAGGCCAAA